AUGGACGGAGUAGCGCAUGUGAUAGGCGCAACGAGUGACCAUUUCGGCAAGUUGUACACCAAAGCAUCUGCUCUUGGCACGCUCGAAGGCUAUCUGAAGAAAAUUAUGGUCUACAACGGUCCUAGUGGGGGGUGUAGAGCUUGUCGCACCCGCCGAGUUAAGGUGAAUUUACCCAUGCCUCAUCGUUUUGCCAUUAACAUUUCUCAGUGCGAUCAAUCCAGGCCAGCAUGCAGCAAUUGUAUUCGACGCAAACAGCCUUGUCCAGGUUAUGCCGACGUCUUCGAUGGUGCGCACCGAUCUCAGAAUGACAUCGUCAUUCGGCGCGUAGAGAAGCAAAAGAACACCGGGAAGGAUGACAAGGGCAAAACCCCUUCUAGAUCUAGCAGCCCUGGGAGCGAGACUUCCACAGAACUCAUCCCCACGUCGUCUACCACCACCGUGUCUUCCUCCAGCAGAGGACCGCUUCAGUGGAUUGUCUACUCGGCAGGAGUGGCACCAUCGAAUGCACCAUCACCGGCACUAUCACCUUCCCAUGACGAAGAUGUGGUAGAAGACUCGCCUCAGUCUGUCGAAAUCCCCGCAGAAUUUGACCAUUUGGUAGGCUCAGUCCCUGGAGGAUUGAGGGAAGACCCUCAGAUGGCUGCAGUGGGCUUCUUCUUUCGUCAUUAUGGCCUAAGUAUGUUUAAUCCAGAUUCCCACGCGGGCUUUCAUUCAGCCUGGCAGCCGAUGUUUCUCAGAUCCGCACCAGAUUCUCCACUACGGAAUGCGACUGCAGCUGUCGCAGUCAAUAUCGCCAUGAUGUGGUGUUUUAAAGGCUGUGACACACGACUACCCCGGGGCCUCUUCACCAAAGCCAUCGCUGCGACGAGAAAAGCAAUGCUCAGCCCAACUGAAAGCAAGACCGACGAGCUCUUGAUGACCAUUCUGAUAUUCGACUUGUACGAUACUCUUCUUCUACAUUAUACUCCAGGUAUUCCGAACUACGGAAAACACAAGGACGGCGCUCUAGCGUUGAUAGAACAUCGAUCAGACGCCAACUAUCUGACCACGUCAAGUAAGUCUAUGAUAGAUGGCACACGCCAUUCCCUACUGCAUUAUAUACUUGCACAGCGCAAAAGAUUUCCAGAUGAGUUGGUGGAGAUGUUCCAACAAGGCUCGAAGCCUUCGCCCGCCGGCAGUCUCGAUCUGAUAUCAAUGCAAGUGACGGCUCUUCAAGCAGAAGUCUUCAGUCUUCGCCGCGAAGACCCAGAGUCUUUAAUUGCGUCGGAGCGAAGGCUGCGAUACGAAGAAAUCAUCGAGAACGCCAUUCGUGUCGAGACUCUUUUGGUAGAAUGGAAAUUCAAAACUUUAACACCUGCCUGGAAGCCAUACUACAUCAGCCGAGCUUCCGUCACACCCUCUAUCAGUGCCGCAGGCUUCUACGGACCCCACUGUGUAGUUUGGCAGGAACUUGCUUUCGGCGACUUGUGGGCCACGCAUGCCACUCGAUGCAUGUACACCCUGCAAGUUAUCCGACAGGCCAUCUCCGAUGAGCCCAGCCUUCUACUGGAACGCAAGUACCAAACUUUGCUCAACCAGACCGACCUCCAGAUGCAAGAGUUCGUCGACUUUGUAUGCUUCUCAGUCCCAUUUCAUAUUGGUGAUACCAUGGUACCAACAAACCCAUUAAAUGCUGAAUCAAUCAGCUUUCCCUACACAAUUACUCGUGAUGAGAAAACUGGACUGAAUAAGCGAAUACCAGAUCCACUUACAGAUUAUCAAGUCCGUACGGCAGCGUCUGGCGGUUGGAUCAUCUACUCCCAUCUAGUGACACUUUAUCGGUUCGCCGAACCGGAAGAUGAUGCUGUUCCGAUCGUCUUGCGGGACGGUCAGCUCGAUUGGAUUAAAGACCAAGUCAAAAGACUCCAGAGAAUCUUCCUCUUUGUGGAUCCCCCGUGGUUCAAACGACUGUCACCACCUUACCAUGUUUUGAAGAGCAAUGCUUAA